GCGAGUCGCGACUAUCUUUCCUCCGUUUUGAAGUUUUGAACGUCCAUUCCGCCUUCACGAGCUCUCACCCUCCCUCUCCUCUCUCGCAACUUGGGGGAGAUCCUGAGUCGCCCAUGAACCCCAUUCUCCCUCCCUCGAGCGGAAGGGAGCUCUCCGAUCCCCCGUCCGACGGCAUCUCCAAUCUCCGAUUCUCCAACCACAGUGAUCACCUCCUCGUAUCCUCGUGGGAUAGCAGUGUUCGGUUAUACGAUGCGAGUGCGAAUGUACUGAGGGGGAAGUUUCUUCACAAGAAGCCAGUGUUGGAUUGCUGCUUCCACGAUGAUUCUUCCGGGUUCACUGCCGGUGCUGAUCAUACGGUUCGGAGGUAUGUGUUCAAUGCAGGCAAGGAAGACAUUUUGGGGAAACACGACGGUCCUGUACGUUGUGUUGAAUAUUCUUAUGCUGCAGGACAAUUAAUAAGUGGUAGUUGGGACAAGACACUUAAAUCUUGGGAUCCUAGAGGUGCAAGUGGCCCAAGUCAUACACUUGUUGGGACCUAUCCACAGCCAGAGCGGGUAUAUUCAAUGUCACUUGUGGGCCAUCGUUUAGUUGUAGCUACAGCUGGAAGGCAUGUUAAUGUCUAUGAUUUGCGCAACAUGUCCCAACCUGAGCAACGGAGAGAGUCUUCUUUGAAAUACCAAACAAGAUGUGUACGUUGUUAUCCUAAUGGAACAGGUUUUGCUCUUAGCUCUGUUGAAGGUCGUGUUGCUAUGGAAUUUUUCGAUUUGUCAGAGGCAGGCCAAGCUAAGAAAUACGCUUUCAAAUGUCAUCGAAAAUCUGAAGCUGGAAGGGAUACAGUAUAUCCUGUUAAUGCUAUUGCGUUUCACCCAAUAUAUGGUACUUUUGCAACAGGAGGAUGUGACGGUUAUGUGAAUGUCUGGGAUGGGAAUAACAAGAAGAGACUAUAUCAGUACUCAAAGUACCCAAGCAGUGUUGCGGCAUUGUCUUUCAGCAGAGAUGGCCGUUUGUUAGCUGUGGCAUCCAGCUAUACAUUUGAAGAGGGAGAAAAGCAGCAUGAGCCAGAUGCUAUAUUCGUGCGGAGCGUAAAUGAAAUUGAAGUAAAGCCAAAGCCUAAAGUAUAUCCCACACCACCACCAUAGAGAAGCCAACACAGGAUCAUAGGAUAUGAAAGAUUUACAAUCACUUGUAGGAUUAAGAUGAAUACCUUCUAUUGUAUUUUCACAAGACAAAUUUUAGCCUAUCUAAAACCUGCUGGGGCUGCUUGAGAGUC